AUGCUUCCCCCCGUCCUAGCCUCGCUCAUCGACCCAUGGAUGUUCAUGGGCCUGGCGCUGUCCUAUCUGCCGGGCACCAUCCUCCGUCUGGUCGUCGCCCGGGACUUUCGCACGCUGUUCUCUUGGUCUCGGUUUCAAGCUGCUUGGUUCGCCGCCUUCUGGUCCCGCGUCGGCCCCGAAGUCCGCCUCAACGCCACCAAAAACGUCCUCCCCCUCCUCCAAGGCCGUGUCACAGCUGGUGUGGUUCCCCCCGAGGACUCUGUCCCAUCUUCCAACCCAAAUGAUAACCCCCACCCCCCCAUCCACGGCACCCUCCUCGAACUCGGCCCCGGCUCAGGCAUGUGGGUGUCCCUCUUCUCGGCUACCUCCCAACGCGAGAACCGCCUGGGUCCGAUCGCGAAGAUCUAUGGUGUUGAGCCCAACACCGAUGUCCACCCACUGCUGAAAACCCAAGUUCGUGAGGCGGGGUUGGACAAGCCUUCUGGAGGGCAGACGCAUUAUGAGAUCGUCCCUGUCGGCGUGGAGAGCUUGGCAGAGUCAGGGAAGGUUAAGCCGAAUAGUGUGGACUGCAUCGUCACGAUUAUGUGUCUGUGCAGUAUCCCUGAGCCGAGGAAGAAUAUGGCGUUGUUGUAUAACUACUUGAAGCCGGGCGGACGAUGGUAUGUGUAUGAGCAUGUUAAGUGCUUCCAGCAUCAGCCAUGGGGGAUGAGGGUGUACCAGUCCUUCCUCAACUUCCUCUGGCCACACAUCGUCGGCGGCUGCCAGAUGUGCCGCGAGACGGGCAAGUGGCUGCGCGAGGCCGGCCCCUGGUCGCAGGUCGACGUGCACCCGCUGGCCGACGAGCCGUGGUACUACACCAUGCCACACGUCAUCGGCGUUCUCACCAAGUAG